GGCGACGUAGAGAAUGUCCACGUGGACGGCAUACAUCAAGUUACAUCCACUGACAUCCAAGCUGACUGCACAAGAGUUGGAUCUGAGAACACUGCUGCCUCUUCAUAUUGUUACUUGUGAGGCAGAUUAUAAAAGAUCUGAUUGGGAGUCUCGAUGUGUCAAACGAGAUCCCGAUCUCAGAAGAAACCUGCUUACGAGUAUGAAAGCAAUGCCAUCACCGUGCUUCUCUUCGUUCCCAACAUCAUCGGGUACUUCAGACUUCUCCUGCUACUUGGUGCCUAUGUGUACUUCCAUGAACCCUUGUACUUCCUCCCUUUAUACAUCACAUCAGUCUUACUUGAUGCAGUGGAUGGCUGGGCUGCAAGAAGACUCCACCAAAUCUCUUCUUUUGGUGCCUGGUUAGAUAUUGUAGUUGACUGCAUUGGGCGAGCCAUGGUCUGGACCAACAUAACAUCAUGGGGCUAUUUGAUUGUAUGCCUCGAGUGGCUGUGCUUUGUCUGCAACCAUGGCUUAGGGCCUCAGUGGAAAGAUUUCUUAUCUCUGGAAGUAUCAGAUGCUCCUCGCUUUGUGCGAAAGGUCAUGGAGAAUGGUUUCUACAAUGCAAUGGGGUUUUUGGCCAUGAGUGGGAUUCAUUUACUGCCUGUCCUGUGGUACUGCAUCAGGAAAGGCAUCUUUGACAUCUUCUCUAAGUCUUCAAUGGGGAGAGCCUUCAUCCUAAUGUCUGCCGUCGUGUUGAGCAUGGGGCGGACAAUUGGAGCUGUUGUGGAGGGGUGGUGCAUCUUAUCCCAUGUCAAGUUCCUACUGUCUCAGCAGCACAAUAUGCCAAACAAAAAGUCCAAUUGAGGAAUUCUAAUGGACUCAUUCAAAAAUUGCUCUUCACAUAUAAUCUUGGUAUAUUCUCCCCAAUUGGAGCAUAUGAUGGUAUCCACUCUUAUCGGCUCAUCAUUACAUUUUUAAAGCAUAGCAUACAACUGUGUCUAAAGGGAAUCCCAUGGAAACAUUGUGUGUGUGCCUCCACUUGGCAGCUCGCAACCCCAAUGUGUCCAUGACACACCCAACACCUGUGAAAAUCUGAGUCCAAGAAUCUCAACCUUUUCCCUCCAAGUUCCAGUCUCCAGGCUCUUCCAAUAAUCCAGAGUUAUUUAUUUUGACCAUUCAUUUUUGGCUGCUUCUAUUUAUCUCCUUGAAUGAGCCUGAAUUGUGCAUUGAAUUUAUAUUCAGUUUCUCAAUUAUCAUAUCAGUC